CAUUGCGUCAGGAUUUUUGCGAUCAUUCCCUUUCGCAACGACAAGAAAUAUCAAGCACUAUAUCAACAAAAUGUACUGUUUUUCCGUACUUAGCUGUUAGAGGGAAGGCCAAACGGUCCUCCCAAGUCUAAAGUAGAGGUCUAAGGCUGUACAAGCAACAGCUCAAGUCGACACAAAGAGUGAUUUCGAGGGAAAUCACUGUUUAAAGUUACGCCAUCACCACAACGGUCUGUUUGUGUGCAACGUCAUUGUGCUUAGUUGGCAAUACGGAAUAUCUGAAGGUCGCCACAAAGCUCUUCUGUUCGCUCAAAAGCCGUCCAAGAGCAACGCAGAAAUUAUAUCGGAGUUCUAAUUCCUUCGUAGUUUCUUUAAAGUCAUUUAGAUGAACAGUUCGACGGUACGGUAUCAUCCAUAUCAGCGAUAUGCGUCCAAAACAAAUACUGAAACGACUGCGCCAUUACCAAACCUGACUAUAGGUUUACAACCAACACCGCCUAAAAGAGUCAAAGAGACCCCACAUAUAUGUAAAGUUGAUAAAUAUAUUAUCCUCGAACGUUCUGGAGGAGGAAAUCUUCAUCGCGCCAUAAAUACAGAGACUCAAGAAGAGCUAGCAUGUAAGAUAAUAGAAGUAAAUUUAUUUCGUGAAAGUUUGGCUCCUGUGUUUCAUCUGGCCCCUCACGAAGGCAUUAACAAGGUUAACGAGAUCUUAGUCAGCGAUUCGUACGCUUACGUGUUUUUUGAAAGAUCAUUCGGGGACUUACACAGCUAUGUUAGGACUAAAAGAAGAUUGAAAGAGGAGGAAGCAAGCAAGAUCUUUAGCCAGAUAGCUAGUGUCGUCGCUCACUGUCAUGCUUCGGGAGUCGUCCUAAGGGACCUCAAACUACGGAAGUUUGUGUUCAAAAACGAAGAAAGGAGUAAAGUAAAAUUAGAAGGCUUGGACGACGCAUGUCUUCUGAAUGGUGAAGACGACACAUUAGAAGACAAGCAUGGUUGUCCAGCAUAUGUGAGCCCCGAGAUUUUACAGUCGACUGGAGGAUACUCUGGAAAAGCUGCCGAUAUAUGGAGCCUUGGUGUAAUGCUGUAUACAAUGAUCGUUGGUCGCUACCCAUUUCAUGACAGCGAGCCAUCGGCUCUAUUUUCGAAAAUACGAAGAGGAAACUUCGCUAUUCCAGACACGAUUUCUUCCAAGGCCAAGUGCUUGAUUCGUUCGAUGAUGAGAAGAGAUCCUAUCGAAAGAUUAACGGCUUCAGAGAUUCUYGAACAUCCUUGGUUUAACUCUACGUUCCCGAUUAACAGUCCCUGCCGAGUGGACCAGAAGAUAGCAGAUCAGACUGUACCAGACUUGACCACGGAUGACAAUACUUCGUUCUUUUUAUAGAACAUUCAUCGCGAUUACUUACAGAACUAACUUCCAAGACAUUUUUCUGAAGAAAUUUCAACAUAUAUAAACCUGGUUUUAUUAUUAGUUUAGUACCAAAAAUGGAACUCAAAUGGUCAGAGAAGCCAAAAGAUAAUCUGAAUACCUCGGCCAUAUUUAUUGUAUAUAACAGUAGUUUUGAGGUAUUUUUGGGAUUCCGAGAUCUUGUAAUUAUAUUAUCAUCAUGUACAGAAAAAAGACUUAAAAUAUCUUAGCAUAUUUUAGUUUUGAAGUUUUACUAAGGAUCAAAAUUUUAGCUAAAGAUCGAAGUUAUCUAAAGUGAUAUGGGAUUGAGGGAUUUAAACCUUUUAUUGUUAAUAUUUUGGGAUUGUGAUUAAUUUCCUUGUAAAAAAAAAAGAGACAAAAAGUCGUUAAAAAAAUCCCCAAAUGGACCAGACGCUUAUUAUUCCCCACAGGUGGGGUGAAGGAAAAACUUUCUUUUCUGUGCUGCAGUCACAGUGUGAAGGUUUUGCUAAACCAUAUUUGCAAAAUUCAAUAAAGAAUGGCUUUGUUUACAAAAA